UUCGGACAUGCGACAAAACAAAACAACGAUUCUUUUAAAAUAAGAACCUCCCUCUGUUUCUCUCUCUCUAUAUCUCCCUCUCUGUUGAUCGAUGGCAGCUUCUGUUGAUCCUUUGGUGGUCGGAAGAGUGAUCGGAGAUGUGUUGGACAUGUUCAUCCCAACCGCCAAUAUGUCUGUCUACUUCGGCCCCAAACACAUCACUAACGGCUGCGAGAUCAAACCCUCCACCGCAGUCAAUCCUCCAAAAGUCAACAUCUCGGGCCAUUCCGAUGAGCUUUACACUCUCGUGAUGACUGACCCGGACGCACCUAGCCCAAGCGAGCCGAACAUGAGAGAAUGGGUCCAUUGGAUUGUCGUGGAUAUCCCCGGAGGCACCAACCCCUCGAGAGGAAAGGAGAUACUUCCAUACAUGGAACCAAGACCACCAGUGGGGAUCCACCGUUACAUUUUGGUACUUUUCCGGCAAAACUCACCGGUGGGUCUGAUGGUGCAGCAGCCGCCAUCACGAGCCAAUUUCAGCACCCGAAUGUUCGCUGGACAUUUCGACCUUGGUCUACCUGUGGCCACUGUCUACUUCAACGCCCAAAAGGAGCCUGCUUCACGCAGACGCUAGUACAAGAAACAAACUAAAAAUCC